AUGGAGCUGUCUCCCCGAACGGCAGAUGAUGAAGGGAUCUUCGUCAUCUUUGAUGGGCAUGUCAGUGCAGACAUUGAAGUUGGAAUCGUGAAUCCUGAUUACCAAGACGAUGUGACCCUCGAGACUUCACCUUCGGAGAGUUCGACGAUCGCUUUGGAUGAUGCGGAGACCUUCAAGAAGUGCCAGGUGAAGGACUCCAGGAUCCUUCUGCCUGGCGUGCUGGCGGAUGAUAAUGAGGAUGGUAACAGAAGUGAAAGCAAAGGAGAAGGGUAUGGACAUGACGGAGAGGACAGGAGUACUGUCGAGGAUUUAUGGGCUUCGACUAUACCAGAGAUUGAGGAGGGACCGAACUUCAAAGAUAUACCGAUUGGGAAGAAGAUCGUUACCUUCCUGAAUGUGAUCACCAGAUGUAUUCUCCUGCUGGGGUUCCUCUACAUCUUCGUGUGUUCUCUGGACAUCCUCUCGCUGGGUUUCAGCCUUCUGGGUGGCAAGGCUAUCGGGGCCGUCAUAGCUAAUAAUGAGCUCCUGACUAAUCCUCUAUGCGGUCUUAUGAUUGGACUGUUAGUGACGGUCCUGGUCCAGAGCUCCAGCACUACGACCUCGGUGGUAGUAUCAAUGGUAUCCGCACAAAUAGUAUCGGUCAAACAUGCAAUACCAAUUAUCAUGGGAACAAACAUCGGAACAGCUGUCACCAACACACUGGUAUCUUUUGGUCAGGUUCAGGAUCAGGACGUAUUUCGACGUGCUUUCGCAGGUGCUGCUGUUCACGAUAUCUUCAAUUGCCUCACCGUAGCCGUUCUGCUCCCGAUCGAGAUGGCGACAUCGUAUCUCGAAGUCAUGACCGACGCCGUCAUCGGUACAUUUCAUAUCAGCGAAACCAAUCAAUCUAUCGAGUUUCUUAAGGUCAUCACAACGCCGCUCACUGAUCUCAUCGUGCAAGUUCAUUCUGUAGAUGUCGAGGACAUAGAUUUGAUUCUAGGAGAAAACACCAGCCGACAGAGCAUCCUCCUGAAAUGUAUAGACAACUCUACAAACUCAUGUACAUACAAGCAUCUCUUUGCUCUCACAUCGCUGUCAGACCUUCGGGUUGGUCUAAUCAUCCUGACUAUAUCCUUAUUCGGUGUGUCCUGCAGCCUGCUGGUGACGGUUAAACUCCUCAACUCCUUCCUGAAGGGUAGCAUCACCCAUUUAUUGAAGAGAUUCGUCAACGCAGACUUUCCAGGCUUCAUGGGUUCUCUCACGGGGUAUCUAGCAAUCCUGAUAGGGGCACUUUGUACUUUCUUCGUGCAGAGCAGUUCGAUCUUCACAUCACUUCUUACCCCACUGGUCGGUAUUGACGUCGUAUCCAUAGACCGGAUGUACCCAUUGACCUUAGGGUCAAACAUCGGGACGACAAUAACAGGAAUCAUUUCGGCAUUAGCGAGUAACGGUGGCGAGCUGAGUAACACCUUGAACAUUGCGUUAUGUCACUUCUUCUUCAACGUGACAGGCAUAGUGAUUUGGUAUCCGCUACCCUUCAUGCGGAAGGUUCCCAUUACGCUGGCAAAGAAUCUUGGAGAUAAGAUGGCCAAACACCGUUGGUUCGCGAUGCUUUACGUCGCAGUCAUGUUCCUCCUGCUACCCGGAGCGGUCUUUGGACUAAGCGUUGCCGGUAACCCCUACCUCCUAGGCUUCGGGAUUCCGGUACUCGCUGUGGUUACUGUUGCCCUUUUGAUAAGUAUCCUUCAACAUAAAGCCCCGCAUAUUUUGCCUGCCAGAUUAAGGACUUGGGAAUGUCUACCGCUCUGGAUGCACUCAUUAAAGCCUUUCGACAACCUGUUUGUCUGUUCAAACCGGACUGAAAAGUCACCGGAACAUCGGGUUGAACGUAAUGCUUGAAUCGGUCAAAGCUCUUUCUGAUGAAAAGGAAAGAAAGAAAGAAACGGGUGGCAUAGAGCAAAAGCCCUUUCGAACUCUAUUUCCUAUAAGUUUGUAUCAUUUCUUUUUGAAUUUUUCUUAUAUAAAAUUAUGUUAUUUUAUACAAAAACCAAUGGUGAUCAGGGUAUAUUAUGAUAUGGACAUGAGAGCAAAA